CUCAAUAGUCCGCAACCUCAAUAGUCCGCUGAGAAAAGCGGCGAAGAUUGAUCCCAGCUUAUCCAGUCGAGAGGAACAGCUGUCGUCUGGUUAAGUCGCCUCCUUUCCCCAGAUUUCCUUGAAUUCUGCAAGAGUCUUAGCUUGUGUGUGGUUCCCUGCCUACUUCUUUUCCUCCUGAACGCAAGUCUCAGACUCAAACCUGAGAACUCGGAGACCAUGUCUUCAGAAUUCUUUUCAUCUGCAAGAGAAGAGGGAAACCCUGGCUCAGGACCUAGUUUUAGGUCCAAUCAGAGGAAGAUCUUAAACCUGCUCCUGGAGAGAGAGACUUCCUUUUCCGUCAGUUCAAAUCUCCCUAGAACUCCAGUGGAGAAGAAACUUUUUGGUGAUUCUGCAAAUCUAAGCAUUUUGUCUGGAGAAACACCAAAACGUUGCCUUGAUCUUUCGAAUCUUAGCAGCGGGGAGAUGUCUGCCACUCAGUUUGCCAAUUCUGCAGACCUUGAUGAAACUGGUCACUUGGAUUCUACAGGACCUGAGGAAAUACAGGACCUGAAGAACUUAGCUGGGAUGAAUUAUCAACAGUACCUUGUAAAAUACAGCGCAGCACAGCUGCUUUGUAGCACUCCGAAUGCUUUGGACCAUGGCCACAGGAAGAAAGAUGCAAUAUGUAGCUCAUCUGCAAAUAAAGAGAAUGAAAACAGCACUUCAAAGCCUUUAGAGUGGUGGGUACCCAGGAACCUGAGGUCUCCUCUUUCUCUACUGGACAAUGGAAACUUGGUGGAAAGUGAAAUGAAACAUCUGGGCAGUCCCAUUACUACAGUUUCAAAAUUAGAUGAAAAUCCAGAGCUAGGAGAAGACCAGAGAGAGGAGAUUUCCAAUGAAUUGAUAGAGUUUUCUCUGGAAGAUCAAGAAGAGGCCAAGGCAUCUCUGAACAGGAGCUGCCUGCAUCGCUCCUCUUCGUUGCCAGACAGUUUGAACAGUCCAAGACUGAAGCAGGUGGUAAAAUUCAAGGACAACACAAUACCAGAUAAAGUAAAAAGGAAGUAUUGUUCUAGCCACAAAGAGCUCAGGAAGGGCUUAGGUCUAAAGAAAAUGGUCUCUCUCUGUAACAUUAAUAUGACUCAGAUGCUGGAGGAAGAUUCUAACCAGGGGCCUCUGACUGGUGAUUUCUCCAAGGUAUGUGCACUGCCAACCGUGUCAGGGAGACACCAAGAUCUGAAGUACGUCAACCCAGAAACAGUGGCUGCCUUGCUAUUGGGGAAGUUCCAGGGUCUGAUUGAGAAAUUUUAUGUCAUUGAUUGCCGCUAUCCAUAUGAGUACCUGGGAGGACACAUCCAGGGAGCUUUAAACUUGUAUAGUCAAGAAGAACUGUAUAACUUCUUUCUGAAGAAACCCAUUGUCCCUUUGGAUACCCAGAAAAGAAUAAUCAUCGUGUUCCACUGUGAAUUCUCCUCAGAGAGGGGUCCCCGAAUGUGCCGCUCUCUGAGAGAAGAGGACAGGGCUCUGAACCAGUAUCCUACACUGUACUACCCAGAGCUGUAUAUCCUCAAAGGGGGCUACAGAGAUUUCUUCCCAGAAUAUAUGGAGCUGUGCGAACCACAGAGCUACUGCCCUAUGCAUCACCAGGACCAUAAGGCUGAGCUGCUGAGGUGUCAAAACCAGAGCAAAGCAUGGGAAGGGGAGCGGCAGCUGCAGGAGCAGAUUGCCUUACUGGUGAAGGAUGUGAGCCCAUGAUGUCAGAUCACCCACUGGCUGCCCAGGACUCACCAAAAGACACAAUAGAAACCCUGAGCAGAAAGAGGCCAUCUUCUAUGCAGCUAAACCCAGGAUGUUAAAAGAUGUCGGCAAACCAACAGGCUGCCAAACUAAUGAAAUCCCAGGCCUGGGGGUUGGUUAGGUUUUAGUACAGCUGCUGGCUGGUGAGGAAGUCCUGGAGCUGGGUCUAUAAGGCUGGAGAUUUGGGUUGCAUAGAGAUUUAUGUUACUUCAGGGAGCUGUUGCCUUCCUCUUCCUAACUCCUCGAAUCUUCUCAGAGGUCAGCCAGAUCUUUUUCCCCCUGGGCUUCUGGCUAUGCAAGAGAGAGUUGCCUAUCUUCUUUCUCUACAUUUUCCUUGUUUCUCUCUCACACCUUUAUUUUAAAUGGGAAAAUAAACAUUGAAGAAUGAGAAAUGCAAUUGUGAGCCCAGUCUGUUCCUAGAAGAUGUGUAUAAGGAAGU